UGAUCAGCAAAUAUCGAUCAGUCGUAUAGUUGUCGGGAUGCAGUUAAAAUCAUUGGUAUCUGCACGCGGCGGCUGGCUUUUCUUUCGCGACUACAGUCUAUAGGGAAAUCUAAUAUAAUACGCUGCAUGCCCAUGCCCGCAUCCGAACCGAUCGAAUAUUGCGAACAUAUUAUGACAAACGAAUUCCGGUGCACACAGCCGAAUAUAAACAACCAACCGAUCAUCGAUUUACGGGGCUAGAGCAUGUCCAAAAACUCUCUGCAAAUAAAUAGAAACGAAUUUUUGAGCUGCCUGCAGUAAUAAGUUAUGCAAUACACAUCCACAUCCCCAUCCACAGAAGUGCAUACAUUUAUGUAUGUAGAGUAUGAAGUGAAUCGAGUGAUAACCAGUCAAUCAGAUCCAAAACCAUGGAUAACGUUCCAGACAUUGUAUUCGUGAGUCGGGAUUAUCAGGCUCAAACGUUGGCCGCUGACGAGAUCAGUGUUUCCCGUGGAGACCUCGUCGAACUAUUGAGUACAAAAGCCGCUGAAAAAUCAAGAUGCUUUGUGAGAAUGUUCGAUAGUGGCGAUGCCCCCAAGGAAGGUUGGGUACCAAUUGAAAUACUAGAAUUUAAUCCCAACAUGAAAAACUCGAAUGGUAAAGAAAACGGCGAUGCGGAUUUUAAAAAGCAGACUAUCCUAAGGAAGAUGGUAGAGACCGAGGAAGAAUUUUCCAGAGAUCUGCUCCACGUAGUGGAAAAAUACAUUAAAGGCAUUGAUAAACCGGUAGUCCCCAGAAUAGUGAGAGACAACAAGGAUGUCAUAUUCUGCAACUUUCUGCACAUUGCGGAAUUUCAUAAUAAUGUACUCAAGGAAGGACUUAAGUGCUACAGUAAUCAGCCGAAUAUGGUGGCCAAAACCUUUCCACGCCUGGAGAGGGACUUUGACAAGCAUGUGGAGUACUGCCAGAACGAGCCAUUGGCCCAGGAGUACCUGAGCUCCGACCCUGAAGCAAGCAAAUACUUUCAAGAACUUUCAAAACAACUUGGGGACGAUAAAUCUCUUUCGGAACAUCUUAAGCUCCCCAUCCAACGGAUAAACGACUAUCAACUUCUGUUCAAGGACUUCAUUAAAUACUCACAAAGCUUAAAAGAGAAUGUUAAAGAUUUGGAGCGGGCCCUAGAGUUAAUGCUUAGUGUGCCGGGUAGAGCAUAUGACAACAGAUUUCUUUCUAGCAUCGAGGGCUGUCGCGGCAACAUCUACAAAUUGGGGCGCCUGUUGCUGCAUGAGUGGUGUACUUUGAUUGAUAAGGACGGCAAGGCGCACGAGCGCUACUGCUUUCUGUUCAAGUCCAGAAUAUUAGUAACCAAGGUGCGCAAAAUAUCAGAGAGCAGAUCCGUAUUUAUUUUGCAAAACAUCGUCAGGCUUCCUCUCUGUAAUAUCGAGCACAAAGCCGACGAGAAACAGAUUCUUAUAAGCCUGAAAGCCCCGGAUGCAAACUCAAUCUUUCCGAUUAACAUUAGGCCCCACGGCGAAGAGGCUCCCCUGACUUGGUUCAAAGAGAUUUCCUCGUACGUCAACCAAGACGUUACACUGCAAGAGCACAACGCAGAUGAUCUGAAAGUAGACUCCUCCCAAGUAGUUGCCGAAAGUGAGCUGCUCCUGCACCUGCCUCAACGCGCAGAGGCGCAUGAUCCGAGUUCCAGUAUUCGUCCCUCCGAUGUUGCUGAGAACUACUUCCUGAGCAAGGAGACCAAAGAGCGGCUGCAGCUCGAGCAACAGGAACUGCUGAAGCUUGAGCAGGAGUCCAUCGAGCUGUACAAGAAACAGCACGACCGGCAAUAUUCUUCAAAGACAACUGCCGAAAAGCAAACCAAGGUCGAGUCCAAGGCAGUUCAAAUUUCUAGCUCGCAGUCGUACUCUACUUCGGAAGUUCAUACCAAGACUGGAGCCAUCAGAGAACAGUCCAUUUCUAGGGCCGCAGAGACUACUCCACCGGCUCCGCCAGUCAAAAAGGUUGCACCGUCACCGCAGCCCAAACCGGAGGCAGUCUUAGCUCCAGAAUCGGCUUCACAUUCCAAGGAAGACGAAGCAUCGCCACAAGUCGAACCAGUUAUCGACCCUGUGGCUGUCACCAGCUCAAUUGCAAGGCAAGAAAUACACGAGAUCGUAUCUGUAUCUGAGAAAACUGAGUCAACUGCAAUCGAAUCAGUUGUUCUGAAAGACGAAUCUACCACCGAAACCAGUCAGAUUGAUAUAUUAGCUGGUAAGAGCCCCGAAGAGGCAAAGCCUAAUACUUCACAAUAUUCGAUUCCAAAAAUCCAAGUAUACAAUCCAGUAGAAAACGAUAACACUGUUGUAACUAAGCACAGACCCAUAGAGCUCAAAGAUAUCGUUGGCUACAGCGAAUCCCUUCAGGAUAGCGACACUGCGCCGAGGGGUUCGCAGGGCCGACAGGGAUACACUGCUAAUAUAACCGAUAAUGCUUCAUUAACCAUUUGGAAUAACAGACUUACCAAUAUCGCCAACGACAGGAGCGGCGCUAAUCAAUUCCUGCAGCAGACAGGGCCGCCUCCGCCUCCUAUUCCGCCUCAUUUCACGCGAAUGCCCGGCUUCUUCCAACCGCUUCCGCUCAUUUCGUACGAAAUUACCAUUGAGAUACUAAUUGUCAAAGCCCGCCCACCUUCACCGCCUCCGCCGCCGCCGCCAACCAUUAAGCAGUUCUAGUCCAUACUGAGUCUAGAGCAGAAGACACAGAACUUCUUUGAAGGCAUCUACGACGUAUCCUCGUCGGACACCUCGCUUCGCAAUGCCAAGCAGAAAAUGCGGAGCAUUAAGAAUACGGUUCUCAAAUCGAAGGACUCCACUAAUUACGCUCAGGAUACUGUACAAAAGGCCAAAGCACGCGACUUCUUGCAUAUAUUUACCCCACCCGUUAAAAAAAGACCCAUUUAUGAGAUUGUCGAGGAGCCCGUUAACAUUUAUGAGCUUGAACGCGAUUAUACUGAGUCUAUUGCUGACGAUUUCAGAGAGCCAAGUGCAGAUUUUGAAGCCAGAGGCCAAAGCGUCGGUGGCAUGGAUGAUUAUUAUUCUGGCUACUCAGUGGCUUCCAAACGGCGCUAUGAAAGUAAAACUCGGGACUACGAUAGAGGCACUUCGUAUGACAGCAAUGCAGAGAAGCACUAUGGAGUAAGUUCCAGACGCGAUCGUAGCUCCGUUGACAAGGUUGAGGCACGCUCAUCCCUCCUGGCCACAGGCCGCACAGAGAGCCGCGCCGAGAGCCGAGCUGAGAGCCGGGCUUCCUAUUCAGUGGCUGAAUCUCCAUCUGGCAUCCGGUCUGCUUCCCGUCAAUUGGAGGAUCGACCACUACGCUCUGUCGACAAGCCUGUUGUCGUAAAGAUGCUAAAGAGCGUCCAGGUGGACAUUGGAGAGACCGCGCAUUUUGAAAUCCAGUUCAAGGACCAGCCUGGACUGGUGACCUGGCUAAAGGAUAACAAGCCCCUAGAAGAUCGUUUGGCUGAUCGAGUUAUUCAGACUAGUGCUCCAAUGAAUUCAUACCGGUUGGACAUCAAGAACUGCAGUAAGGGCGAUGCGGGAACCUACACCAUUUGCGCUCAAUCCGCGUCCGAAACGACCACUUUAUCGGCGCAACUGGCUGUGGGCCAAGCACCUGGCCAUGAUGAGACUAAAACCAAUGUGGCACCAGCAUUUUUGGUUAGCUUGAAGGAUGCUGAAAUGAUUGAGAACACUCUAUUCCGCUUCAUGAUCAAAAUCAAAGGCGAUCCCAAGCCCAGGGUUAAGUUCUACAAGGAUCAGGUGGAAAUCCUGAAAGUCAACGAUCGCAUUCAAAUAAUCAGAGACAAGGAAUAUUUGGGAUUCUAUGAGCUGGUCAUUGCCGACGUCCAGAAAACUGAUAGUGGAACCUACACUUGCAAGGCCUCGAAUAAGUAUGGCGAUGCUAGCUGUGAAGCUGUAGCAACCACAGUGGAGGACAGGAAUCCGUUCGGUGCGCUCAGUGGACAAAUUCUGCCAGCCGGGGAGAGGCCCGUGUUCGCUUGGAAGCGAAACGGAGAGGAGUUCGAUCCCGAGGAACGGUUCAAAGUACUCUUCGGCGAGGACGAGGACUCGCUGGCUCUGGUCUUCCAGCACGUAAAGCCUGAGGAUGCCGGAAUCUACACUUGUGUGGCUCAAACAUCAACUGGAAGUAUCUCCUGCAGCGAAGAGCUGUCGGUUCAGGGCGCUAUUCAGACCCUGAACAGGGAGCCUGAUAAGCCCACACUAGUGAUCGAGCACCGCGAGGCCAACACGAGCAUCGGUGGAACGGCCAUCCUGGAACUGCAGUGCAAGGGCUUCCCCAAGCCAGCCGUGCUGUUCAAGCACGAGGGCGAGGUCGUCGAGGUGGAUGACCGCCAUAAGUUCAUGUACGAGGACGAGGAGAGCAUGUCGCUCAUUAUAAAGAACGUCAACAACGCUGAUGCCGGAGAGUACACUAUUGAGGCUGUGAAUGAACUGGGCCAUGAUGAGUCGACGAUUAAUCUAGUCGUAAAAGCUCCACCGAAGAUAAAGAAGAUUAAGGACAUUACUUGCUCGGCUGGAGAGACAAUCAAAAUGGAAAUCGAAGUGGAAGGCUUCCCUCAGCCCGCCGUGAUUGUGACAAACAAUGCGAAGGAUGUGAGCAGUGAGAAAAACGUGAAGAUCACAUCGAGCUCCGUUGGAAAGAGCGUGGAGAAGGUUGUUGUCGAAAUUUCGGACAUAAAGCUAGCCCAAGCGGGCAACUACUCGAUUAGUGCCACCAACGAUAUCAGCCAGACGUCCGAGUACUGGAGUUGCACCGUCAAAUCCAAGCCAGAGAUAGUCAAGCCCUUCGAGAGCGAGUACAUCCACGGGGAAAAGGAGACCGUGCAGAUGACAGUCCGGAUAGAUGCCUACCCCGAAGCCAAGCUUAUCUGGUACCACGUUGAAACCGAGAUCAAGCUAACAGACUCGAAGUAUAGCGUGAGCACCGAUGGCAACGCCUACACUCUGAAGAUUAUUGGCGCCACCCGCGUGGAUGCUGGCAAAUAUACGGUGAAGGCCACAAAUGAGCACGGGUCGGCGACCAGCUCCACGCAGCUGUUGAUCAAGUGCUCCCCGGAAUUCACCAAGAAGAUGAAAAACAUUACCGUAGCGGAAGGCGACUCUAAUGUGGAGCUUGUUGUGGGUGUCGAUGCCUAUCCCCGUCCACACGUCAAGUGGUACAUUGACGGCAUCGAGAUCGACGAGAAGAGGAACGAGUUCCGCCAUAUGGAGGAGGGCAACGAUUUCAAAUUGGUUUUGAAUAAGGCGGCAACCAAUAUGCAAGGAACAUACUGCUGCAAAAUAAUGAACGACUACGGAAAGCUGGAAGACAAUUGCGUUGUGACCGUCAACUGCAAGCCGAAGGUGAAGCUGGGUCUUAAGAACAUUGAAGUACAGGAAGGAAAAUCCUUUACAUUAGAGGUCGAAGUGUUCAGCGAGCCAGAGGCGAAUAUUAAAUGGUUCAAAGACGGCCAUGAAAUCUAUGAAGAUGCACGCAUUAAGAUUUCCCACGAUUCGCAGCGCAUUGAAAACUAUUACCUUACUCUGAAUCUGGCUAAAACUGAAGACUCGGGUACUUACGAGGUCAAGGCAGCCAACUUUAUUGGCGAGACGACAUCCACCUGCAAGGUCGUUGUUUUAACAAGCGACACUAUGUCUCUGGAACAAACAGUGACUAAAACUAUGAUUGCGACGACUGAACAGCCUGAAGAAGGGGCUGUUCCUGAGAUCCUCCACGUGGACGUCUUCCAGACGCACAGUUUCGAGAGUGUUCCACUCAAAUAUGAGGUCAUCGCCACGGGCAUACCCAAGCCGGAAGCGAUAUGGUAUCACGAUGGGAAACCGAUUACAUCGGAUAAGCAUACGGCGAUUACGGUGGAUGGGGAUCAUUAUAAGCUGGAGGUGCAGUCCCUAGAUCUUGUCGAUGCUGGAGAGUACAAGGUGGUUGUGCAAAACAAAUGUGGCGAGAAGUCGCAUCAAGGAGAUCUUGCGUUUAAAGGUGUGGCUGAAUAUCGCAAGCCGAUACUUACCCAGGGAUCGGGCCUGAAAGACAUAAAGGUGAACAAGGGAGAUAAGGUUUCUGAGCCGGUCAUAUUCACAGCCGAUCCCGCACCCGAAAUCGUGUGGCUCAAGGACGGCCAGCCAGUGAAGGAGAGCAAUAACCUCAAGCUAAAGGUGGAAAAGAAAGAACUUGAGAAUGGUCUGCAGCAAUAUACUUGCACGCUGAAUAUUUUGGAAGCUGAUAUAAAAGACUCGGGACGAUAUGAGUUGAAGGUAAAGAACAAGUACGUAGAGCUGGCCACAAGCGGAUGGAUCGAUGUUCUGGCCAAGCCAGAGAUUUCCGGAUUGGAAGACCGCAAGUGCAUGCCCGGUGACACAAUCUGCUUCGAGGCCGUGGUGCUCGCCAACCCGAAGCCGAAGGUAUCCUGGACCAGGGGGAAUGAGAACCUUUGCAACAACGAGAACUUUGAGGUGAUCGCCGACGUGGAUGCCGAUAAGUACCGACUCGUCUUCCAGGCGGUGACCCCAAGUGAAUCAUCGAAAUACACCAUUACGGCGGUCAACAGCGAGGGAAGGUCCAGUGUUGAAUUCAACUUGUCUGUGCUUGUGGAGAAGCCCACAUUCGUUGUCCAGCCUGAGAGCCAGAGCAUUCACGACUACAGACCUGUUUCCACUAAGGUUUUGGUGCACGGUGUCCCCCUGCCAACCCUUGAGUGGUUAAAGGACGACAAGCCGAUUAAUUACGAAGCCAUUAACAAGCCCCAUAAGGACAAGCUCUACAAAAAAGAGGACACCAAGAAAGGAUCCGAUCAAAUCGAAGGUGUAUUCGAUAUAAAAACCUUCAGGGAAAACGAAGUUGGAACGUAUACCUGUGUGGCCACCAAUGAAUUCGGAGUGACAAAAGCACCCUUCAAGCUGGCUCUGCUCUCCCUGGCACCAAGCUUUGUCAAGAAGCUGGACAAUGCCCUAGACGUGCUGCAGGGAGAACCCCUAGUGCUGGAGUGCACCGUGGAUGGCAGUCCCCUGCCCACUGUUCUGGAAGCUGAAGUGUACGGUUUCCCAGCUCCUGAGGUUAAAUGGUACAAGGACGGCAUGUUGCUUCGUCCUAGUCCGGAGAUUAACUUUAUCAACAAUCCCAAUGGAAAAAUUGGACUGAUCAUUGAUGCCGCACAACCGCAAGAUGCCGGAGUCUAUAAAUGUCUGAUAAUGAACAAGGGCGGAGAGAUGGAGGGCGUUUCCAAGGUGGAAAUCGUGCCCAAGGAGUCCAAGCCUGCAUUUGUGGCCGAGCUUCAGGACUCAUCGAGCAUCCAAGGUUUCCCUGUCAAAAUGGACAUCAAGGUGAUUGGAAACCCAAAACCAAAACUUAAAUGGUUCCACAACGGCCACGAAUUCCUGCCAGACCCCAAGCACAUCGCGAUUGUGGAGAAUCCAGACAACAGCACGAGCCUAAUUAUAGAGAAAACCGUUCCCGGCGACUCUGGACUAUACGAGGUAAUAGCUCAAAACUGUGAGGGCUCCACUGCGUCCAAGGCCAAGCUCUAUGUGGCUCCAAAAGCAGACGAAACGGCCACAGAAGAAGCGCCCCAGUUUGUUUCGGCUCUCCGGGAUGUCAAUGCCGACGAGGGUCAAGAGCUGGUUUUAUCUGCGCCGUUCAUUGCAAACCCAAUGCCCGAGGUGAUCUGGACCAAGGAUGGAGUCACGCUCACUCUCAGCGAGCGUCUGCUGAUGACCUGCGAUGGCAAACACAUCGGACUGAGCAUAAAGCCAGCCGAGGCUGCCGAUUCGGGCAACUACACGUGCCUGCUGGCCAAUCCCCUGGGCGAGGACUCAUCCGCCUGCAACGCGAAUGUCAGGAAAGUGUACAAGCCGCCAGUGUUCACCCAAAAGAUCUCCGAUCAACAGCAGGUGUUUGGCAAUAACGCCAAGAUCCCGGUGACUGUAUCCGGAGUUCCCUAUCCAGAUCUGGUGUGGUACUUCCAGGACAAGCCCAUUCCCAAGUCGGACAAGUAUAGCAUCAAGAACGAUGGCGAUCAUCACAUGCUAAUUGUCAACAACUGCGAAAAGGGUGACCAAGGCGUCUACAAAUGCAUCGCCAGCAACAGGGAGGGCAAAGACAUAACCCAAGGACGUCUGGAUAUUGUCAAUGAAAUCAAGAAGCAUUCGCGUUCAGAGCCCCCAGUAUUUCUCAAGAAAAUUGGCGACUGUGACAUCUACGAGGGCAUGAUAGCCAAGUUCACAGCCUGUGCCACGGGAUAUCCAGAGCCAGAGGUCGAGUGGUUUAAAAACGAUCAGAGGCUCUUCCCUUCAGAUAGAUUCCUGAUUGACGUCGAGCCGAACGGACUCCUGCGGCUGACAAUAAAAAAUGUCACCGAGUCCGAUGUUGGACGUUAUUCUUGCCGAAUUUUCAAUCCAUAUGGAGAUGAUAUUUGCCACGCGGAACUGUUCUACGACUCCUUGGAUAGCCAGCAGAAGCCACUGGAAGAUCAAUACACCGAUUUCAAGAAGUACAAAAAGUCCGGAGCUCCUCCACCAUUGUCGGAAGGUCCAAUCAUAUCUCGUAUGACAGACCGGGGAUUGCUCCUGUCGUGGAACCCAUCGGUCCCUCUGACGCCACUUUAUCCCAUCACAUAUCAAAUUGAAAUGAUGGACCUACCUGAAGGAGACUGGCGUACCCUUCGAACUGGAGUACGCAGCUGUGCCUGUGACAUCCGUAAUCUGGAGCCAUUUAGAGACUAUAGAUUUAGGAUACGAGUGGAAAAUAAGAUCGGCGUGAGCGAUCCUAGUCCUUACACUCAAAUCUACAGGCAAAAACUGGUGCCAGAGCCACAAAAAACGUACACCUACCUGCCACCAGGCACGGACUUCAGACCGGAGACUUCUCCCUACUUCCCCAAGGACUUUGAUAUUGAAAGGCCGCCACAUGACGGAUUAGCCCAGUCUCCUCAAUUCCUGCUUCGCGAGAAAGACAUUAGUUACGGAGUGAAAGGCCACAACACGGAGCUUAUGUGGUUCGUUUAUGGUUAUCCGAAACCAAAGAUGACCUACUACUUCGAUGACAUGAUUAUCGAGUCGGGUGGCAGAUUCGAUCAGAGCUACACACGAAAUGGACAGGCCACGCUUUUCAUAAACAAUAUGCUGGACCGCGAUGUGGGUUGUUAUGAGGCGGUCGCCACGAACGAGCACGGUGAGGCUAGACAGCGAGUGAGAUUGGAAAUUUCCGAGCAUCCACGGUUCUUGAAGCGGCCGGAUGAAACCUUCAUAAUGUCCCGCAAAAACGGAAGAAUCGAGGCCAAACUGGUGGGCAUUCCCUUGCCAGAGGUUCAUUGGUAUAAGGACUGGAAGCCAAUUGCAGAAUCAUCUCGCAUCAAGAUUAGCUCGUAUGACCCCGACAUCUACGUUCUGUCCAUACACGAUUCGAUCAUCAAGGAUGGCGGACUAUAUUCGAUUAGUGCCAGGAACAUUGCUGGCUCCAUUAGCACCUCGGUAACCGUGCACUUUGAGGAGAACGAGGAUCAGUACAUCUACAAGACGUACGGCAGACAUCCGUAUGUGCGAUCCAAGCAGCUGCGCUACCAGGACAAGUACGAUAUUGGCGAUGAGCUUGGACGUGGCACUCAGGGCAUUACUUAUCAUGCUGUCGAGCGUGCUACCGGUGAUAACUAUGCUGCAAAAAUCAUGUACGGUAGGCCAGAGCUGCGGCCCUUCAUGCUGAACGAGCUGGAGAUGAUGAACACGUUCAAUCACAAGCACUUGAUUCGUCCCUACGAUGCCUAUGACACUGACCGCAGCGUGACUCUUAUUAUGGAACUGGCGGCGGGAGGCGAGCUGGUCAAGGACAAUUUACUCAGACGCGAUUACUACACAGAGCGAGAUAUAGCCAACUAUGUCAGACAAACCCUUUGGGGUCUCGAGCAUAUGCAUGAAAUGGGAGUGGGCCACAUGGGUCUCACGAUCAAGGAUCUGCUCAUUUCGGUGGUCGGCAGUGAUUACAUUAAGGUAUCGGACUUUGGUUUGUCGAGGAAAAUCAACAAGCACAAUCUAUCGACACUGGAUUAUGGCAUCCCAGAGUUUGUUUCGCCCGAAGUUGUUAAUAAGGAAGGCGUGAACUACUCCCACGAUAUGUGGACCGUGGGCUUGAUCACCUACGUACUGCUUAGUGGCCAUAAUCCGUUCCUGGGCAUAGAUGAUAGGGAGACAUUGACCAAGAUUCGAGAAGGGCGCUGGGACUUUAAGGACGAGCUGUGGACUCACAUCUCUGAUGAUGGCCGUGACUUUAUCAGUCGUCUGCUCCUCUACAGCCCAGAGGAGCGAAUGGAUGUGAAGACAGCUCUGAAGCAUCCAUGGUUCUUUAUGCUCGAUCGCCAGGCCUCCGACCAUGACUAUCAAAUCCGAACCGAUCGUUUGAGGAACUACUACGAUCACUUCAGGGACUGGUAUGCCAAUGCAACUUGCAAGAACUACUUCCGCAGACGUUGUCUGAGUGGCUGCUUCCAACAUCCAUCGAAAAUGGUAUAUCCCCGUCACGUUUAUACCCCGGAGGCGACACCAGAGCCUUUGCCAGAGCCACGCAAGAGAGCGAAGCGCGAGGAAGUUGUUUCGAAAUACUUGCAUCCCGAAUACGAGCUAGGUCUGAUUCAAUCGGAAAGCAGUUACCAGUAUGGUCCCGAUACAUAUUUACUGCAACUGCGUGAUGUAAACUUCCCCGUAAGAUUGCGUGAAUACAUGAAGGUGGCCCAUAGGCGAUCCCCAUCGUUUGAAUUAAACGAUUCUGUGGAUUGGACGCUGCCUGUGAUCCGCGAACGACGUCGGUUCACUGAUAUUAUGGAUGAGGAAAUCGACGACGAACGCACGCGUAGUCGCAUCAGCAUGUAUGCGGCCAAUGAUUCCUACUCCAUCAGGCGCCUGCGCACGGAGCUGGGCCCACGUCUGGAUGAGUACACUGAAGCCGAGGCCAUGAUAGAGACCCAGCGCGAGGGCUAUCCACCCUUCUUCCGGGAGAAGCCGCAGACGAUUGCAAUAACCGAGAACCAGCUCAGUCAUAUCCAUUGCUUUGCAGUCGGCGAUCCCAAGCCGUGCGUCCAGUGGUUUAAGAACGACAUGGUUCUGUCCGAAAGCAAGCGCAUCAAAAUCUCAGUCGAUGAGGAUGGUCGCUCCAUUCUGCGAUUUGAGCCAGCCACCCACUUCGAUGUUGGUGUCUACAAGGUGGUGGCUAGGAACAAGGUGGGCCAAACUGUGGCCAGAUGCCGCAUCGUGGUGGCAACUCUCCCAGAUGCACCAGACUCACCCGAAAUCUCUGCCAACAGUGGCACGGAGAUUCUCUUCAGAUGGAAACAGCCCCGUGACGAUGGCCACUUUACGGUCCUCUGCUACAGUCUGCAGUACAAGCUCAGCAACUGCGAUGCCUGGACCACGGUGGCCGACAAUAUCGAUCAUGAAUUCUACCUACUGCACGAUUUGAAGCCAAACACAAGCUACCAGUUCAGGCUGGCCUCUAAAAAUCGCAUUGGCUGGAGUGAAAUGGGAAUCCCUGUGGCCGCAACCACCGUGGGCCAGGACGCCCCCAAGAUCCACAUCACCAAGGCAAUGAAGCAUUUACAACAGCUCCCCGAGAAUGGUCAUCAGGUGAUACCCGAAGAAGAGCGCGUCCACACCGACUAUCACUGCGAGCGAGAGCCCCCCAAUUGGGUGACAGAUUCGUCCGUUAGCGACAAGUACAGUUUCAUCUCGGAGAUAGCGCGCGGGGAGUUCAGCACCAUCGUAAAGGGGAUUCAAAAGUCCACCGACACAGUGGUGGUGGCCAAGAUUCUCGAUGUGACCGAUGAAAACGAGGACUCGGUUGUGGCCGAGUUUGACAACUUCAAGACGUUGCGGCAUGAACGCAUACCCGCACUGUUCAGUGCCUACAAGCCAUUGAACGUGCCCAUAGCCAUAUUCGUGAUGGAGAAGCUCCAGGGAGCCGACGUCCUCACCUACUUCAGCAGCCGUCAUGAGUACUCCGAGCAAAUGGUGGCCAGCGUUGUCACCCAGCUGCUGGACGCCCUGCAAUACCUGCACUGGCGUGGAUAUUGCCAUCUUAAUAUACAGCCCGACAACGUGGUAAUGGCCUCGGUUCGCUCGUUUCAAGUCAAAUUUGUGGACUUCGGUUCGGCCAAGAAGGUGAACAAGUUGGGCGUCAAGGUUACACCAUGCGGCUAGCUGGACUUCCAGCCGCCAGAGAUGAUCAACGACGAGUCAAUAUUCCCUCAGAGUGACAUUUGGUCUGUUGGUGCACUGACAUACUUGCUCUUAUCCGGAUGCACCCCAUUCCGCGGAAACGACGAAUACGAAACGAAGCAGAAUAUUUCCUUUGUGCGAUAUAGAUUCGAAAAUCUGUUCAGGGAAGUUACCCCAGAGGCAACACGAUUUAUUAUGCUCUUGUUUAAGCGUCAUCCUACCAAACGGCCAUACACAGAAGAUUGCUUGGAGCAUAGGUGGCUCAUGUCCUCUGAUUAUAUGGUUAGAAAACGAGAGCGCGCUAUAUUCUUGGGUAAUCGUCUGAAGUCUUUCUGUGAUGAAUACCAUGACCACAAAAACGCCACAGCUACAUCAUCCAAAGUCCUCAAUACGGUUUCCGGUAGACCAACUCAACUGCUUCGAUCGAAUAGCAUUCAAGAGGAACUGCUCACAACAUUUUAGUCAAUUAGUUCCGACGUACG